AUGAGCACAACGCAGCAAGAUGCAGCGGCAGCAAACGCUAAUCCAAGUGGUACGAUCAAAACGAGUGUAUCCAUUUAUUUUUCGAUAUUGGGAGCGGGUCUGCUGCUCUUUGAGUGUCUAUGUAGACGCUUUCAUCGUGUCUACGAUAGUCGACGUCACGAGGGAAAUGUUUUCAACGUGUCUAACGUAACUGUACCUUGUGAUGGACCUUUUCGCUGGAUGUUCAGUGUAUUUCGAGUAUCGUAUGAUGAAAUAUUGCAAAAAUGUGGACUAGACACGUUGACAUUCGUUCGAUUCUUAAGACUAGGCCAAAAGUUGGCACUAUUGGCGAUGCUCUGCUCAUUAGUGCUUUUCCCCUUGUACGCGACCGCUGGUGUCGCCUCAUCCAUUGAACAGCAUUCCAUUGACCCAUUGGAACGGAUUUCAAUGAGUAAUUUACCUGAACGGAGUGACAGGCUUUGGGCACCGACAGUUGUCGCAUUUGUAAUGACGACGUUUGCCAUGCGGUUGUUAGUCAAGGAAUACAAAUUAUACGUACAAUAUCGCCAUCAAGUGUUGAGUAAGAUGGAGGCGCCUCAGUAUUCAGUGCUUGUGACCGACCUACCACUGCAUCUGCGGACGCGUCAAACGCUGGAGAAAUAUAUGGCCAAGAUUUUUCCUUCUUCUAUUCGAAAUGUGUACGUAGCACUGGAAUGUGCAACAUUGGAGACACUUGUGGACAAACGAGAACAAGUACGUGGGGUGCUGGAACACGCGUUGGCGGAGUGUGAAAGAUCACGGAAAAGACCGCGACAUCGUGAAGGAAAGUCAUGGGUAGGAAUGCUCAUAUGUAAACCUGUAAGUAGAGGGCACGAAGUUGAUAGCAUCGAUUAUUAUCAGGAUCAACUUGCAACACUAAAUGAAAAAGUUGCACGAGAGAUUGCCAGUAUUGACGAUGCUCAGUCACAGCUUGCUAUUCAGCUCGAAGAGCACGAAAGAGAAGUAGGGAGCUUUGAUGACAAUGACGAGCUUGAUUUGUCGCAAACGGAAGGAGCGUGGACGGAGACGACGAAAAAAUCACGUCAGGACGUGGAUUCAAAGAAAGCACCACUAUUAUCUCGUCGCACUCGUGCGGAACGAAUGCAGAGUAACUUUGGUGGCAAUAAUGAAGACAAGAUUGACGAAAAGAAAGCGCGCCGACAAGAGCGAGAAAUGAGUCAGGAAGAACGUGAGCAGGUUCGCAAGGAGCGACCAAUUCGCGCAAUGAGACGUGCCGCAUUUAUCUCAUUUACAUCGCUCAUGUCGACGCAGGUUGCACAACAGACCCUGCAGUCGGAGGAUCUUGCGUGUAUGGCUGUGGUACCAGCGCCGCAUGAAGACGACAUUAACUGGGACAAUAUUGGGCUCCAAUACCGCACUCGCGCCUUUGGUAUGCUUGUAUCGUCCUUGAUCUCUACAGCGAUUGUGCUAUUCUGGACUUUUCCAACGGCAUUUGUGGCGUCUUUGGCCACUGUUGAAUCUCUUCGACGCGCACUACCUUUUUUAAACUCAGCUUUUGAUGAGUAUCCGAUUCUUCAAGACAUAUUCAAGCAAAUUGCCCCGUUGGCUCUUGUCGCGCUGAGUGCUGUGGCACCGCUCGUGUUCAAUUUUCUAUCGGGACGAGAAGGCCACCCGUCCAAAACUGAGGUUCGAGCAGCAUUAUUUACGAAGCUAGGAUACUUCCAGCUUGUUCAGAUCUUUUUCGUCACUGUGAUUGUUGGUACGAUCUUGGAUAGCCUCAAGGAGAUCUUGGACCAGCCGAAGAGAUUAGUUUCCAUGCUUGGCCGCAGUAUGCCUCAACAGUCGACAUUCUUCAUCUCGUAUGUGGUCGUACAAACGGGUCUUGGAUUGGUUCUCGAACUAUUACGUGUAAUUCCGCUAGUACUCUCCGCUCUAUUCGCGCUUUUGGCGCCUAAGCAUACACGGCGUGAACGCAAUUCACCGUGGUUUGGCUUGCGUGAUAUCACUCAGACCGAUCCUUUUGACCCGGCCAACCCUCUCGCCGAUUAUUUCCUGGCGUUGCUAAUUACGCUAACGUUCGCGCCAAUCGCGCCUUUGGUUUGCUAUUUUACUUGGUUUUUCUUCUUCAUGAGUGAAAUUAUCUACCGUCGACAGGUACUUUACGUGUACAAGCCAACGUGUUUUGCACUCGGAGCUUUCUGGCCACGCAUGUUCAAAUUUUGCGUCAUUGCACUUGUAGUGGCGCAGCUGACGCUUAUUGGAAUUCUGUCACUCAAGAAGACAGCCGUGCCUCCAAUUCUCGUAAUUGUGCUCAUUGUCAUCGUAUUGCUGUUUAACUAUCAAGUGCUCACACUUUAUCCACAUGCUGCCAAGUUUCUUCCACUUAUGGACUGUGUGCGUCUGGAUAGCGCACGAGGUCUAUAUGACCCGACGACACCAAAGUUUUUCUUCCUGGACAACGUUUAUCGUCAGCCAGCAAUGAACCAACGAGUGCCUAUUCGCGCUGACUAUCGAAUGCUGGUGAACGACUACAGCGAGGAAACAGCAUUGUCGUCGCCUGAAGUACAUUUUGCUGAGGACCAACACUUAUUUACAAGUGUUGUCUAA